AUGAAUGCCGGUAAGUAUUUAAUUGUUUUUGAUAUAAACGGAACAUUGAUUAAGAGAUACCGUAAAUAUUCAGAAGAGUUAAAGAGAUAUGAGUCUAUGGGAAUAGUGGCGGAUAAGGUAAGUGGUGCGUUUGCUUUUUAUGACAGACCUCAUCUUGAUGUGCUUUUGAAAUUUCUAAAGACACAUGAAGUGAGCUAUAUUUUAUGGACCACGGGGAUGGAGAAAAAUGCAAAGAUUUUUGUGGAGCAUCUUGAGAGUCUAGGAUUUGACGAGCACAUUGGAAGUUAUUCGCAGAUAGACUGCAAGGCAGGGAAGUAUAAGAUUGAUUCGUCCGCGGAUCUGUGGGUGAAGGAUCUUGAUAUAGUUGCUAAAGAUCAUGGAUUUGAUGUUGAGCGAUGCAUUCUUGUUGAUGACAGCCUGGACAAGUCUCUCUAUAAUCAGAAUCUGAUAUGCUGCAAGGAGUAUGAUCCUGAAAAUUAUGAUGAUGAUGGAAUAAUGGAGAUAUGCAGGUAUUUGGACGCUUUUAUUGGAUGUACUAAGGAGUGCAUUAUGAAGAUGAUGCAUAACACUGCAUGA